AAACACCGAUGGAAUCGAUUUCAUGAAUGCGAUCGGACUCCGCCCGCGUCCAGUGCUGCGAUACCGUCCUUCAUUGAUUGACCUCGUGAACCGUACCCGACCACAGUCAAGCGAGGACAGCGCAAGGUGGUCACCUGAGGCCCAAGCGCAACCGAGUAUUGAACCUCUCGAAACCAGCUUCGAACCUAUUACAGCAACCCUACCUCCCACAUCGCCAUCGCACAUUCCCCUCCCCGAAUCUCCCACGAAGGAACGGCGGCCUUCGAUUGUUGUCAUUGACGAGGUGCCGGGCACCCAGGUCAAAGCUUCUCCGCCACGCAUCAUCAUCGAGCCGGAAACACCAGAGCUAGGCACAGCUCCAGAUACACCACACAACACCGCAAACAUGAGCAAAAAAGGCGACAAGAAGCAGCAGCAGCAAGAUGGCGAGGAGCAGGGAGGGUCCAUCUUCUCCAUCUCCGGUCCUGUCAUCGUUGCGCAGAACAUGAUCGGUGUGGCCAUGUACGAGUUGGUCAAAGUCGGCUUUGAUCAGCUUGUAGGAGAAGUCAUUCGAAUUGAUGCAGACAAGGCUACAAUUCAGGUGUACGAGGAGACCGCUGGUGUCACUGUUGGCGAUCCCGUCCUGCGCACAGGCAAGCCUCUGUCCGUGGAGCUGGGACCUGGUUUGAUGGAGACCAUCUACGAUGGUAUUCAGCGACCACUCAAAGCCAUUAGCGACAAGUCAAACAGCAUCUACAUUCCCAGAGGUAUCGAUGUACCUGCACUGGAUCGUACAAGAAAGUGGGAGUUCACACCAAACGACAAAUUCAAGGUCGGUGACCACAUUACUGGCGGUGAUGUCUUUGGUUCCGUGAAGGAGAACACUCUGCUGUCGGAUCACAAGAUCAUGCUGCCACCUCGAGCGCGCGGAAAGAUCACAAAGUACCCCAAGAAGGGCGAAUACACUGUCGACGAGAAGAUCUUAGAGGUCGAGUUUGAGGGACAAAAGUUCGAGUACAGCAUGAUGCACCCAUGGCCUGUCCGUGUACCACGUCCUUCGAACGACAAGCUGAGCUCAGGCGACCCGCUCAUUGUCGGUCAGCGUGUGCUCGAUGCACUCUUUCCUAGUGUGCAGGGCGGUACUGUCUGCAUUCCCGGCGCUUUUGGAUGUGGAAAGACUGUCAUCUCGCAGUCGCUCUCCAAGUUCUCCAACAGUGACCUGAUUGUUUACGUCGGCUGUGGUGAGCGUGGUAACGAGAUGGCCGAAGUCUUGAUGGAUUUCCCCGAGCUCACUAUCGACUUCGACGGGCGCAAAGAGCCUAUCAUGAAGCGUACUUGCUUGAUUGCUAACACAUCGAACAUGCCCGUGGCCGCUCGAGAGGCUUCCAUCUAUACUGACUCUUCUUCUCGUUGGGCUGAGGCUCUUCGUGAAAUUUCUGGUCGUUUGGGAGAGAUGCCUGCUGAUCAAGGUUUCCCCGCCUACCUUGGAGCAAAGCUUGCUUCUUUCUACGAGCGUGCUGGAAAGGUCGUUUCACUGGGCUCGCCGGAUCGUCAAGGCUCCAUCUCCAUCGUCGGUGCCGUGUCACCGCCUGGAGGUGAUUUCUCGGAUCCGGUCACAACCUCAACACUCGGUAUCGUGCAGGUCUUCUGGGGUCUCGACAAGAAGCUCGCGCAACGCAAGCAUUUCCCUUCAGUGAAUACAGCUCUGUCGUACUCCAAGUACACCAAGGCCUUGGAAAAGUAUUACCAGGAAAAUGCACCUCAGUUCCCGCGUUACCGCGAGCGUAUUCGAGAGCUGCUUUCCCAAUCGGAGGAACUCGAUCAAGUCGUGCAGCUGGUCGGCAAAUCAGCGCUUGGCGACAGUGACAAGAUCACGCUUGACGUUGCUACUUUGAUCAAGGAGGACUUCCUGCAGCAGAAUGGGUACUCAGAAUACGACCAGUUCUGCCCACUCUGGAAGACUGCCUGGAUGAUGAAGGCCAUGAUGACAUUCCAUGACGAAGCUCAAAAAGCUAUUUCACAAGGCCACAACUGGUCGAAGGUGCGCGAGAGCACUUCAGAUGUGCAGAGCGAGCUGCGCAGCAUGAAGUUUGAGAUCCCAUCAGAAGGCGAAGAGGCGAUCACCAAGAAGUACGAGGACUUGGUGCAGAGAAUGACUGAGAAGUUCGCGGCUGUCAUUGACGAGUAGCUUGGUCCUAGCUAGGCCUAGGCAUCUUUAGUCGAGCCGAUUGAGCCACAUGACCAGGACAUGAUCUGAGCUUUGUGUAGAUAGCACAAAUAUAGAGCGGUGCUAGUUGUUACAGAAUCCAAAGGCUCCUGGGCUAGCACCACGGUUCAAGACAAGUCACGUUUUAGUGACGCGAAAUUGUGAGGCGGAUUAGAUUUAUGCGCAGAGAGCCACAUUCUACGGCAAUCGAGCUCUUCGUCCACAGACCUACCAUAUAUCGUGAUAGUAUAGCAGAGCGGUGAAGACACCGGAGAGGAUUUCCCUGCCGUCUCCCCGUUUCA